UUUUCUCCCUUCUCCUUCUUAGCUCAUACUUAAUCCUUUUUAUUCCCUCGUUGCUCUUAGAGGGCUGUCCAUUCUGCUAUCUAUGCUGAGAAUAUUAGCAGUCCUCUUGUGAUUAAGACAGUGAUGCAACGGGAGUUAUUAAAAGGUAGUUAGUAAAGUGGAACAAGCAAGCUGUUCUAAACCUAGCGUAACCUGAAGCAAGCAAUGAGGUACCCUCUGGUUCCUUUGGUGAAUGAGCUGACCUUUCCUCUUCUUUUCUUCUGGUUUUGUUUGCCAUUUGUAUUGCUAUUGAUCGUACUGAUUUUCUGGCUACAGCUUUUACUUAAUGAAGAACAGGUACCCCCUGCAGAAGAAAUAAAGAAACAAUCUUCUGAUGAGUUUGAGCCUGAUCCCAAAUUUGAAGGUGAACCAGCAGAGGAAGAAAACCAGAAUGACACAUCCAGUACAGAAUUUCAAGAGGAUGCAUGUUCAGCUUCAGACAGCUGGUCUCAGAAUCAGAAGAUAAGAUCCUCCCACAAUGAGAAGAGUGCUCUUUGUAACAUCAUGAUGCUGUUGUGCACCAUGAUUUCUUCUCUCAUCUGGAAUUUUCUCAGCCACUUGCUCCAGAUCUCUAAUGUCCUGAGGAUUCAACUGCUGCCAUCCUCUCUGAUUGUCCCUGUCACUCAGCUUUUUGAUUUACUGGGUGACAAUGCUAUGAAAAUCCUAGGCUCCUUGAAGCUUGAAAGCAGAAGGCUGUUAACUUCAGUCUUGGGGAUGAGAUUCAAGAAAACUGGAAUGCUGAUGAAGCUCAGAGAACCACCUCAGGGUGGAAAUGAAAAAGGUAGUCCUGAGACCAUUGGCAGCAAUCCUUUCCAGCGUCAGUGAAAGCUACUACAGAAUGGCAGAGGGGGGUUAUACAGUAUUGAGUGGCUGUAUAUUAAAUGGACCAUAGCCAGUAGCAUCUUGUCUGGUGCUUGAAUAUGUAUUCUGCUACAUUCCCACUUCAGAGAAGGAUGAGUCACUUUUACAAUGACCAAACUCCCCUCUGACACUACUGAUACCUUCUGUUUAUCACCACUAACUGAUUUGAAGCCAGUAAGAACAAGGUAAUAACUCUCAGCAGUUAUUACUGGAUCUUAAAUGCAAUAUAGUCCAGUGAAUAUUUUACUUGUACCGCAAUCAGAACUUUACUGAUCUCUAACUUGGGUGUUCUCAGAGUAGGAAACACCUUUUUCAAUGCUCAGUUCUAACACACGAAGCAAGUCCACCUCCACUUAAGAAAUAAAGCCCUCAGUGGAUGCAGAGCAUGCAUUUCCUUUGCUUCUAUCCGGAGUAUACACUUUCAGCGCGUCUGACAAGCAGAUGUAAGGUUAGAUGGGUGGUCAGUGAAACAGCUCGAUUCUACCAGUUGGUGGGGCCACAAGUAAACGGGCAGGACAGGGAUAAGGUACGGGUUUGUUCCCUGAAGGUUUAUCCAGUCCAUAAAGAGCACAGCUAUUUGCUCUGUGUGUUGAGGCACACGUUCAACAGACUCUUUCCAAAAGAAGUGUUAAAAAUAGGGAGUCAUACCCCACAAAACACACUGCCACUUGAGAAAACAUUUGUCUCUGCUCCCGCUGUAAACACGUCCCUCCGCAGCCCUGCAUGGGCAGGCUGUUUUA